ACCUCCCCUCAUAACUGUGAUGGCGACCGAUGCAUUGAUAUCCAUGGAUGGCAUUUAUGUUCACUGAUUCUACGUUGCAGACUGCUUUGAUGCAUGUUGCAAUUUUUCGGCUCUUUGAUGCAUGUUGCAAUAUUUCUGCUCUUUGAUGGUUAAAAAAAACACCACAUGGACUAUUAUAACUAAUACAACUUUUUCAACAUUGAUCUCGCUUUCUUCUUGGAAAUUUACGGAUUUUACAUACAUAAAUGAAGCAGAUGUUGCCAUGUCCUGGGCAGUAUGUUAAAGCAAUCUACGACUUUGAGAGUAACUACCCAAGUGAAUUGAACCUACGGAAAGGUGAUAUCAUCUUAGUGACAACUGUGGUGAAUGAGAAUUGGCUAUGUGGCGAACUACGUGGUCAGCAGGGCAACUUUCCUGUCAGUUUUGUCUCCCAACUUGUUCUACCAACUAUUCGAAAGGGUCAAAAAAUAUUUGCUGCCACAGAAAAGUUCUUUGCACAAGAGAAAGGGGAUUUGGACUUUUGUCGAGGUGACGUUAUUGUUGGCCUUCGUGCUCAAGACAGCAAUUGGUGGAGUGGCUGUCUUGCUGGCCAAAGCAAAAAUGGCAUCUUUCCGCUUACACAUGUUUAUGAACUUGACAAUAAUUACAUUUCUUUCAAGAAAGAACAAAACCAAAUUGUGCGUGCUCUUGUGGAUUGUACACCUCAACUUGAUGAAGAACUUGGCUUCAAAGCUGGUGAUCUUAUCACGGUUUUGGAAAUGGUUGAUAAUGAUUGGUACAUUGGAGAAUGCCGUGAUAAACAAGGCAUGUUUCUCACUUCUUGUGUAGAGUUUCUUAAUACAGGUCUUACAGGCAAGACCUAUUCUAAUCCCCCUGUGACAUCAACAAGCCUGUCUAAAACAACUGCUGCAUCUUUUAAUCUUUCUCGAACUUCUCAUACAUAUAACAGUGAAAAUACACGGUCUUAUGAUUCAUCUGUAACUCCCUAUGCAAGGACGUUGUACUCAUUCACAGCACAGGCUUCAAAUGAGUUGACUUUUGGUGCAAAUGAGAUUAUAUUAUUACUUUGCCAUGUGGAUAGUCAGUGGAUUAAAGGUGAGUUGGAUGGGAAAACUGGAAUUUUUCCAGCCAGUUACGUGGACAUCAUUGUAGACUGUCCACAUUUAGAGUCUGAUCUCUCCAACAUGUCUAGUUCACAGAGUAAUUCUGAUAAAUUACCAAUCACUUCAACUGUUGACUGUCAAGAGGAAGAAUGCUAUGGUUUAGUUAAAUAUGAUUUUAAAGCAGAAACCAGUGGAGACCUAAAUCUGAAGGAAGGAGAUACAAUUACAAUAUUACAACAGGUUGAUCAAAAUUGGUUUCUUGCAAAGAAAGAAGACAAUGAAAUUGGACAUUGUCCUGUCAAUCAUAUUGAUGUUGUUGGUUCUGAACCAAAAUUUCUUUUAGCCGAUCAUCCCCAUGUUGCCAAUGCCACUGCUCAGGGAAUAGGAAUUGUCCCAAGAACAGAACAAAAAUCUGUCAGAAAUGAUUUGAAAGAUGGCUAUCAAGACAAGGAGAAUAACAAUAUUUUUAGUAAUCAAUUAAAGCAUAAUAAAUCUUCCCCUAAGCUUCUUUUGCCUAUGGUUCCUAAACCUUCCCUUCAGCCGAAACCCACCCCCAAACCCAAGCCAGUUGUUUUACCAAAGUCUUCCUCCCCUCCAUUACCUACCAAAUCAGUCCACAGACCACCCCGACCACACACCAUAUCUGGAAGUUCUAGUUUUGAUACUCAUCAUUUGAACUCCUUAAUAGAAAAUGAAAUGCAAACAGAUUCUCGGAAGUCAUUUCCGAUAUUAGAUAGCAAUGAAAACAUGGAAUACCGAUGCUCUUCAGGUGAGAAGGUGAAGUUAAACAUUGCUAAUCAAACUAUCUUAUUUGAAAGUAAGGGCAGUGCAUCAUCUUUUGUUUCUUCUGAUGUGCAAGAGAGACCAAGUGGUCAUCAAUCUGAUGACAGUCUCUCGAGUCAGUAUGAGAAUGGUGAAAAGUCUUUUACAAAACCAGUCCCAAUCCGUCGCCCACCCCCGCCUCCUCAACGUAAUAACUUCUCUGGUGCUAAUUCAGUUUCUUUAAAUGAGAGAAAAUAUAUGCGUAAGAAUCAGGCAUUACGUUCCUCGAGCUCAAAACCGUCCCCUGUGCAAGGUACAAAGCCUUCUUCCGAGGGGAAAGGCAUGCAGCGAAAACUCUCUGAGCGUAUGAUUCCCUCCAGACCAGCACCAGCUCGGCCACCUCCUAGAUCUGUUCCAGCGUUUAAACAAAAGGGUCAUGAAUCAUCAGAACCAAACUCCCUUACUCAAAGAUCUUCUUUAACAGAUUCUGGUGAAGAUUCUUGUGCAACACCACAUGAUUUAAACAUUCGCAUAAUGAAAACGGAACAUGAAUUAGAAAAAUAUCAAGCUUCUCAUUCAAAACUCCUCAGUGAAUUAGCUGGUGCAAAUGAAGAAAAACAGCAACGAGUUCAGCUAGAUAUUGACAGUAUUAGCUGUCACAUCAAAAAACUCACAGAACACCUCCACUUGAUGAAGUGCCACCUGAAAGAUCUUGAAAGUGAAAAACUAAUUGACAAAUCCGAAAAUGAGAGUGAGCUUAAGAAACGGAAGGAAUUGGAAGAGAAGAAAAGGCAACAUGAGCAGAAACGACUGAAAGAAAUUAAGCAGAAAAUGAAGGAGAAAAGGGAGAAUGUUGUCCAAGAACUGCUUGGAACUGAGCAUGACUUCCAUUAUGAUCUCCAAUUAUGCAUUGGGUAUUUCCUUUGCCCCUCAGUUGAAAAGAUACCUGGCGUUGAUUUGGAUGUUAUGUUUGGGAAUAUUGAAGAUAUCUGUGAGAUCUCUUUGAAGCUCCUUCGCAGUAUGGAACUUGCUGCAAAGGCUGAAUUUGAUAAUCAACUUAUAGGUCCUUGUUUUGUAAAUUUAGCAGAUGAGAUGAAACAAGCAUAUGGUCCUUAUUGCAAGAACCAUGAUGAUGUGAUCACACUCCUUGAAAAGUAUGAGGAUAAUCCACAGAUCAAGGAAUAUUUUGAACAGCGGUUACAAUGCAUGCGUCAGCUAACUAAUGUCUUCGACCUUGGUUCAAUCCUUAUAAAACCCAUUCAGAGAAUUCUCAAAUACCCACUUCUGCUCAGUGAACUGCUUAAGACUACUGAUGAUGACCAUCCUGACAAGAAAGAAAUUCAAGUAGCUAUUGAUUCCAUGACAGAUGUUGCUAAAUCGAUCAAUGAAUAUAAAAGAAGAAAAGAUUUAGUUUUUAAAUAUAAAAAAGAUAGCGAUGAAACAUUUAGUGAGAAAAUUGCAAAACUCAGUCUACAUUCUAUAAAAAAGAAAUCCACACGCAUGAAAGGGCGACUAUCAAGCAAUCUUGGCAUCAGUCUUCAAACCAAAGAUGAAGAGUUUGAAAAAAUUGAAUAUCAAUUUCGCAGCAUUGAAAAAGUAAUAAAGGUUUUCCUUCGUGAUAUAGAAGCCUACUUAAAACAAUUAGAUGAAUAUGUGAUCUGCUGGGAAAAUCUCUGUUCAGGACUGGAUAACAUUUACAAUGAGUCUCAGCCUGAAGAACUCAAGUAUUAUGCAGAGGCCACUAAGGUGGUCUGUUCUCAGUAUUAUUUAGAAUUUAGAAAUCAAGUAGAUAUGUUGGUACUUCAGCCUCUCAACCAGUUACUGUCCCUGUUUUUGGGCCCCAAUAAAGUGAUUGAGAAACGCUUUGAUAAACUAUUAGAUUAUGACAGUUUAGCACGGAAAUCUAAACUGGAUAAGACUAAUGAAAUCCAAGCAGCUCAAUGUGAUUAUAGAGCCUUGAAUGCCCAACUUUUAGAUGAAUUACCAAGAUUAUAUGAGCUGUCUCAGGAGUUAUUCCAAGAAUGUAUAUGCAGUUAUAAUAUAACUCAGGCCAACUUUUAUGAUAAAAUUGUUAAAAAGAUGUAUACUCUGCUCACAUUGCCUUUUCUCAUGUCUAUGCCAGAAAACAUUCUGGAAUCCUUCCAAGCAUUGCAUACUGCUGCCAUUGACCAAUUAAGCAAUCUAGAUUUCAUACCCCGCAAGUUUGGUCCAAAAACAGAAAGUAAAUCUGAAAGAAAACUGAUCAGACAAUCUCGACUCAGCCUAUGUGAUCAGCAUGAAAGAUUAUCUAGCCCUGUUCAAUUUUUAUGUGAUAUAAUUGAUUCUCUGGAAGAAACAUUUAACUCUAGUGAUGGUGAAGGAUCUGAAACUACAAGCUCAAAGUCAAAAUUUUAUUUGGAUGUUAUGCCAGCUAUGUCAGCUAUCUCUCAGGAGGAAAGUCACAGAAUAGAGAUCAUGCAGAAAUAUGGUAAACAAAAAGUGUACAAAGUGAUUUCUCAUUAUCCUGGUCUUGACUCUAUGGACAUCAGCGUGAAUGUGGACGACAUUGUUGGUGUUAUCAAAGAGCAAGACCCAAUGGGGAACAAAAACAAGUGGUUUGUUGACAAUGGAGCUGUGAAAGGAUUUGUUCCGAAAGGUAUUCUGUGUCACCCUAAUCCUGGAGGAGAUGAGGAGAACUUCAAAGAGGUCACUGAACCCCAUAUUUAUACAGAGAUAGAAGACAAGGCGUCUCUGGCAGCCAAUAAAGCUACCUCUGAAGAUUGGCGUCAUGUCUAUGAACAAAAUGUAGAAACAGAGUCUGACCUUCGUCUGCCUCCUCCCCCACAAGCAUCUCUUGCUUUUGACGAGUUGUACAUUGCUGAGUAUGCUUUUCAAUCUGGAGGCCUCAACCAAGUAUCUUUGUUUGAGGGCCAAGUUGUGACAGUCCUUGCUAAACAAGAUAUGGAAGGAAAUGAAGAAUGGUGGCAAGUAGAUGCUGAUGAAAAUAUUGGUUAUGUCCCUGCUGCCUAUAUUAGAAAAAUUGAUGCCACACCCACAUGAACUUUCAUUUAAAUGAAAAUUUGUCUUGGUAACUCAUGUGCAUUUCUAAUGAUCAAUUUAGAGAAUCCCUCAGUUUCCAUUGGCUCCAUUUUUUCUUACCAUCACCAAAACAUUUCCAGGGAAACUGCUGUUCACAUGGAUUCCUCCAUCAGAAACAACCAAACUUUGCUGCUUCCUUCUAAUUAUUUUUUUCAUUCACAGACAUUUAUAUUAAGUUUUAUAAACCUUGCUGUAAAAGAGUUUGUUUGUUUUUUUUCUCUCUCGUAACAAAGAAUAAUUAUUGAAAGCAGUUUAUCUUACGUUGUUGUCAUAUUAUCAAUAUUUUAAUAGAUAAUUGAAUAAAAUUGAAGAUAUUUUGUUAGUAUUUUUCUCCUUCCACUUUAGGUUUCAAUUUAAAAGAAGUUCAUUUUCUGAAAAAACUGAGUGCUAUAUAAUUAAUUCUUCAAUUUCUGAAUUCAUGUGAAAAACAAAAAAACUCCAGCCAAGUGGACACAUCUAUCAAGCCAUUUCAUCAUCUUUGCAAACAAGUUUUCAAAAUCUUUUAUAUUAAAAGUUUUUUGGGGUUUUUUUUUUUUUUUUUUUUUCAAAAUUUUUUUUCCAGCUGCAUGAACAAAAUCUUUGUUAGCUUUUAAAACAAAGAGAAUAUUUUUACAUUUGACUCUCAACUUGGAUUUUAUUUUAUCUUAAAAUGAAACAAAUAGUGUCAAUGAAGCAUUCUUGCUUCCAAUUCUUGGAAAUAAGUUUUUU